AUGCGUAACGGAGUUGCCAUCGUCUUGGAUGAAAACCUCAAACAACGUAUUAUUGACGUAGAUAGAAGGAACGAUAGACUUAUGGCAGUGAAAUUGGCUAUGGAUAACCAACCCCCCUUGAACAUAAUCUCGGCAUACGCACCACAGACCGGGUGUGGCGAAAGUGAGAAAGAAGCUUUCUGGGACGAGUUUGAUGACUUACUAAUCUCAAUGGCACCCGAGGAACUAAAAUAUAUUGGAGGAGACCUGAACGGCCAUGUUGGGGCCAGUAACACGACGUACAAAGACAUACAAGGGAAGUUUGGUUAUGGCACACUGAACAAAGACGGAGAACAAAUACUGGAAUUCUGCGCGCGACAUCACCUGGCAGUAGUUAAUACCUUCUUUAAUAAAAAGUCGGAACACCUAGUCACAUAUAAAAGCGGGAACAAGCAAUCUCAAAUUGACUAUAUCCUCACAAACAGAGAUUUACUAAGAACUUUCAGAGACUGCAAGGUAAUACCGGGCGAAUCUUUGACCUCACAGCACAGAAUUUUGGUCGGCUGUAUAGCGCUAAUCAAGCCUAUAAAAUACACCACGGUCAAAAUCCCCAAAAUUAAGUGGCACCUGUUAAACACAGAAAAAGGAGACAAAUUAUUAGAGGAGAUACGGGAAAUACUAACUGAAGAUAUGAAAAAUGGCCAUAACAUUUCUGCGGAGAAUACGUGGUCUAAAUUUGAAAACCUGUGCAGGAAUUCAGCUGAGAAAAACUUAGGAAUAUCGAGAGGAAAGCUGCAUAAUAACAAAGAUCCUUCAUGUUGGAAUGAAGAAGUAAAAGGCGCAUUAAGGAACAAGAAAGAGUGCUUCAAACAAUGGCAGAGCUCAGGUUUGGACGACGACCACAUACUAUAUAAAACCGCUACAAAGCUGGCGAAGUAUAAAGUGGCAAAACAAAGAAAUUACUCCAGGGAAAAGUUCUACAAACGCCUUGAAAAUGCAAACAAUGAUAGAGAUAUAUUUAAGCUCGCCAAACAACGCCAUAAAAACGGUCUGGAUAUUAAAAUUAAUAAAUACAUUAAAAACGAAAAUGGCCAUUUACUAACAGAAGAUAACAAAAUUAAUGAGCGAUGGUGCCAAUAUUAUCAAAAACUACUGAACGAAGAAUUCCCGAGUCAACCAUUGAAUACAACCCCUAGCGCAGCUGGGCCAUUGAACAAAAUAGGUGAAGAGGAGGUCAAAAGAGCUCUGAAAAAGAUAAAAAACCACAAAUCAGUUGGACCGGAUAGUAUACCCGCUGAUCUGUGGAAGUUGCUGGGGCCUAUUGCUGUACAGUGGCUAACGAAGCUCUUUAACCAAAUCUUAACCUCCAUGAAGAUCCCAAAGUCCUGGCGUCAUAGUUAUCUGGUACCUUUCUACAAGAACAAAGGAGAUGUCAGUGACUGCGGCAAUUAUAGGGGUAUCAAACUUACUUCCCAUACUUUGAAACUAUGGGAGCGCAUACUCAACAAUCGACUCUGUCAGUUGGUGUCCAUAUCUGAUAAUCAGUGUGGUUUCGCGCCAGGAAGAUCAACGACUGAUGCAAUCCAAGCCAUAAGGAUUCUGAUGGAAAAACACCGAACCAACAGAGAAGACCUCCACCUAGUGUUCAUAGACCUGGAAAAGGCUUUCGACAGAAUACCACGUAAAUUAUUUUGGGAAGCUAUGAGAGCACAACAAAUACCAGAACUCUAUAAUAAUAAUAAUAAUAACAAUAUUCCACAACUAUCACACAACGCCAUCUAG